AUGCUUUGGGACCUGAUCGCAAUGAAGACCCUCGCGGCUCUGCUAGGAAUUGGGGCUUCAGCCAUCGCCCAGGUUGCGACCGCAACCCAACCCUCGCAGUCGGAUAUAGCGGCUAGUGCUGCGACUGUCGAGCCUUAUUCUCCUGUUUCGAAUGUCGAGGGCCUUGCCUUCAACCGAAUCUUCCAGGUCUGGUUUGAGAAUAUUGACUUCGAAGAUUCUUCGGCAGACGAGAAUUUGAAGUGGCUGGCCUCGAAAGGAAUUGCCUUGACGAACCUCUAUGCACUUACCCACCCCUCUGAACCGAAUUAUUGUGCUGCAGCGGGAGGUGACACCUUUGGCAUGGACAAUGAUGAUUUUCAACGGGUACCAGCAAAUGUCUCGACAGUGGUUGAUCUUUUAGAUACCAAGUAUAUCGCAUGGGGUGAGUAUCAAGAGCACAUGCCUUAUCCUGGGUUUCAAGGUUAUGAAUAUCCAAACCAAGAGACCAAAGCGAACGACUACGUGCGGAAACACAACCCGCUUAUCUUAUAUGACUCGGUCACCGAGAACAACAUGCGCGGGCGCCAAAUCAAGAACUUUACAAACUUCGAAGUUGAUCUGGCAAACGAGAAGCUCCCGCAGUGGGCUUUCUUCACUCCAAACAUGACCAACGAUGCUCACGAUACCAGCAUCACCUUUGCCGCCAAUUGGCUGCGUGGAUGGAUCUCGCCACUACUCGAAAAUGAUUACUUCAUGAACGACACCCUCAUCCUUAUCACUUUCGAUGAAGACAAAACAUAUACCAAAACCAACCGGAUAUUCAGCAUCCUUCUGGGCGGCGCCGUUCCCGAUCACCUGCACGGCACUGAGGAUGAUACGUUUUAUACCCACUAUUCAAUCAUUGCUUCUGUGUCAGCCAACUGGGGUCUUCCAUCCCUCGGUCGCUGGGAUUGCGGAGCCAACCUUCUAGAAAUUGUAGCCAACAAGACUGGCUAUGUCAACUUCGACGUCGACACCACGAAUCUGAGACUCAAUCAGACUUACCCCGGGCCUCUCUCAAAUGGGGAACUUUCCGAAUAUUCACCAGACUGGCCAAUACCGCUGACAGAUGGUGACUGUUCGGCUGGUCACGGAAUUCUUGAUAUUGUCAAGGACACCUACGCUAACACCAAACCAACCUACAAUUAUACAAGCCCCUUCCCUUACGAUACUAAGAGUGGGUACAAUGUGGAUGUCAAGGCUACGAGGAAAGGUUCAUAG